AAAGUUCAAUCCUUGGGUAGAAAAACGAAAUUGCUAGCACCAGCCAUGAACAGAGCUGUUCUCAGAAAUGUCUCACUGCAUAUUCCCAACCAUCUUCUCAAUCCUCUAAAAUCCAUAACAAAUCCUAUCUCAUCAUCAUCUAUAUUUGUUUCUUGGACUCUUUCUACACUCAGAUUCUGCUCGUCUGAUUCUGAUUUAUCUCAUAAAGAAAAUUUCACUCAGACCCAGAAGCAACAUGGUGGAGUUGAGGAUGUUGAUGGCGUGAGUAACCAAGAGCUAAAGAGGCGGAUAGAGAAGUACUGCGAGGGGGAUGAAGAGGCGAUUCCUUCAAUAUUUGAAGCCAUAUUGAAGAGGAAAUUAGCAGGGAUUAAAGAUGAGGACUACGAAUUGAUGGAAGAAGUUAGGCGGAAAUCUCCAAGUGAGAAUUUUGAUUCUGAUUCCGAUGAAUUGAAUGAUUCUGAUGGCGAUAAAAAUUGAUGCAAAAUUGCAAUUAUAGAAAUCAAGGAAUACAACCAUUUAGUCCAACUUGAUUUGUAAUGCUCACCCCAACAUCAAACACAAAUUCCUCCAUAUAAUAUUAUCAAAAUUACCCAAAUCGAUUCCCUUGAUAGCAACAGUAAUAAUAUAUAGAUUCAAACAAACGAAUUUCUCGUGGCAUUGAGAAAUGGGUUUGUGUACAAGUGGUAUGACUAUGAGAUGGGAAGACUCUGAAAAUGGUCUCUGUGGAAGGUGAUUUUCAUGGGUCUGUGGAGGUCCAAAUGAGAAGCUGGGUUUGAGAGGGGGAGGGAGGAGGGUGGAGGAAGGAACUGUUACAGGUGAUAAUGAAUCAAGGAGGAGAAGCAAUUAAUAACAAUAACAUUGAACAGAGAGGUAGAAGAUGUACAGCUUCUGACAGUGCUCGGGCAAUUUUGAUGUCAGCAACGAGGUGACGUGGGGUGCUCAAGAGGUCCUAAUGCUCAACUCCUCGUGAGAGCAACUAGUGGCAGCAAAUGGAGCUCAUAUUUGUGCUGAGAUGAGUGAGUUGCAUGUGUUCCAUG